AUGUGUGGCAUUCACGCAGUAAUCUCUACUACUGGUAUUUCGAGUAUCUCUACUGAGUUGAGAAAUCUUCUAUCGAACCGCGGUCCGGAUCACUGUGGCCAGGUUUAUCGCGAACUUCCUUUUGAAAAUGGAGAUUCGACAAUUCACCUCGUGUUUACUUCUACGGUGCUAGCCCUGCGAGGGGACCAUAUUGCAAAACAGCCCUUGGAAUCUAUCACCGGAUCUAUUUUAUGUUGGAAUGGGGAGGCGUGGAGAAUUAACGGCCAAUCCAUCAGCAGCAAAAAUGACGGAGAAAUCAUACUGGCCAAGCUUAACCCUACCGAAGUACCCCCAGCUGAUACGCGAACUGAGGCACGAGAGGCGCACAUCCUAAAUAUUCUAAGGGAACUUGAUGGCCCUUUCGCUUUUCUAUACUACGAUUUCCGUAUCAAACGCCUUUAUUUCGGUCGGGAUCGCCUUGGACGCCGGUCGCUUCUAGUCAACCAGUCAGAAGAUGGAAACUCGAUCUCACUUUCUAGCAUUGCAGAUGUGCCUGCUACUGACUGGAAGGAGAUAGAAGCAAAUGGCAUCUACUCUUUGGACCUGAGUACUCGUGUCGCCACAUCUCAAGGACUCAAACUUGAUACCCGUACGACAAGGCAUGAUUGGGUACCGUCUAGUGGAAAUGACAUGGUUUCGAGCAUCGGAAACUUCAAUACGACGUUGCCCACAUCUGAGCACAAGUUGGAUUUCAACUUACCCUCGGUCCAGUUGCUUCAGCAUUGGUUAUGUGAAUCCAUCAAGCUGCGUGUACUGGAUAUCCCGGAGCCUCCAAACACAUUAUCUAAUACCGAUGUUCGCGUGGCUAUUCUCUUUUCCGGCGGCCUUGAUUGCACUGUGCUUGCGAGACUAGCUCACGACUUUAUCCCAACAGACCAAGGGAUAGAUUUAAUCAACGUUGCGUUUGAAAAUCCACGCCAAGCUUCAAUAGACAAGACUUUACCUCACUCAGAGGUCGCGGAUACUUAUGAAGCCUGCCCGGAUAGAAAGACUGGUCGUAAGGCUUUUGCCGAACUAAAGUCUUCCUGCCCAAAUCGGUAUUGGCGUUUCAUCGCGGUCAAUGUCUCAUUUGAAGAAGCUAUGAGUCAUAAAUCCAAAAUUGUGUUACUUCUACACCCACAUAACACCGAGAUGGACCUUUCAAUUGCCCUCGCCCUUUACUUCGCUGCAAGAGGUAUAGGUAAUUCCUACACGGACAAGUAUGAAUGGGAGCCGUCCCCACCGAGUGUAACUACGCCAGCUAGAGUGCUCUUAUCCGGUCUUGGUGCAGAUGAGCUCUUCGGUGGUUACGCGCGGCAUGAAGCAGCCUUCAAAAACGGAGGAUAUGCUCGCCUCAUUGACGAGUUGAAAUUAGAUAUUGGUCGUAUCGGACAAAGAAAUCUUGGCCGCGACGAUCGAAUUAUGGCGCACUGGGGUAAGGAAGUGCGAUUUCCUUUCUUAGAUGAAGAGCUUGUCAGGUUCGCUAUCGGCUCUCCAGUGUGGGAGAAAUGCGAUUUCCAGAACCAGUUCCAUCCAGCUGUCAUCGACCCAGCCAAGCGAAUAUUAAGGCUUCUAGCUGAUAAGCUUGGUCUUCCCGUAACCGCGAGGGAAAAAAAGAGAGCAAUUCAAUUCGGCUCGAGAACAGCAAAAUUGGAAAGUCAUACUGGUAGACGUCGAGGCACGGCACCAAUUACCCAAUCCAACACUAUCAAUCCUUAACGUCCGACGCAAGGAUAGCUAUCCACUCAACCUGGCGGUGAUGAUUACAUCAGAUACUUCCGAGUUGGUCACGCAACGCAAUCAGUUAAACUCCAUUUUGUGUGUUUCUGCAAUUGCAGUAACCCUCUUAGGUCGUUUACACUUCAGCUUGCUCCCAACUAUGAUGUCUAAAAGGCAUGUCUGAGCCAGAAUUCUCUUUUAUCUAAUUCUCAUCGAAGCUAUGAAUGCUACCGAGAAGUAACUUGAGCAUGUUUCCCUCAUUUCGUCUAAUAGCCCGACUUGACCGGAUAGUGUCUAAUUCCUUCACCACAAAAAUAUCCAUGUAGUCAUAAUGAAGUAUAUACGCAGUGCGAAGCGAAUUUACCAGAAGUCUCAAAGUUGAGGUACUAUAACGAAAACACCAAAACCCUUAGUCUAUUACAACGUCGACCCUGACAAGGAUUGAGCCCCUUCAGAUGACAUCACGACAACGUAGUGCGGGGUCUUAUAAAUAGUAGAAGU